AUGUCACCAUCUUCUUCCAUACCGAGAAAUAAAUAUGCUGCAUUACCGCAUUCUUCAGAUCUAGCGUCUACUUCACCAACAAGUGGAAACACCCUCCUUUCCUCAAAUGGACCUAGUCUGAAGCAUCUACCACAUGAAUUUGGCAGUGAUGAAGAAGAGUUUGAAUUGGAGACGAUAAAUAAUUUUGACUAUGAAGUGCCGAUUGAUGAAGGUGACGAAGAGAGUCAUGCACGUGUUUCAGGAAUCGAGCGUACACCUCUUGGUUCCUCAACAGCGACAGAUACACAAUCAGGCUCGUCGAAUAUGAAAAUGGCAUUUAUGAAUAUGACAAAUUCCAUAUUGGGUGCAGGAAUAAUUGGUCAACCAUUGGCGUUUCGAAAUAGUGGGUUUUUAGGGGGAAUUUUAAUCAUGAUUGGGUUAACCGUGCUUAUUGACUGGACAUUGGUUCUUAUUGUCAAAAAUUCUAUAUUAUCCCAACUGAAAUCCUAUCAAGAUACUGUCAAUCAUUGUUUUGGUUUAACCGGUAAAAUUGUCUUGUUGGCAUCAAUUAGUUCAUUUGCCUACGGCGGAUGUAUGGCAUUCUGUGUUAUUAUUGGCGAUACUAUCCCCCAUGUAUUAAAAGCAUUCAUACCGAGUUCAAUCACCUCUGGGAUAUUUUCAUGGCUAUUUAGUCGUAACGUGAUCAUUGUGCUAUUUACGGGUUGUAUUUCGUACCCGUUAAGUCUUAAUCGAGACAUUUCUAAAUUGGCCAAAGCUUCAGGAUUUGCCUUAGUGGGGAUGUUGACUAUCGUGAUCUUGACUGUGGUUCGGGCACCAUUUGUAUCAUCUGAGUUGAAAAGUAAAGUAAUCGGAUCGCAAUGGAUCCUCAAUGGCAAUAUUUUCCAAGGCAUAUCGGUCAUAUCAUUUGCAUUAGUUUGUCACCAUAACACCAUGUUUAUCUACCAAUCAAUGAAAAACGCCACCUUGAAGAAAUUUACCAAAUUGACACACAUCUCGUGUUUUAUAUCGAUGAUUUUCUGUAUGAUUAUGGGUAUAAAUGGGUAUUUGAACUUUGGAAUAAUGACAAAGGGCAACAUCUUGAACAAUUUCAAAAGUAAUGACAAUUGGAUAAAUAUUGCUCGGUUUUGUUUUGGAUUAAACAUGUUGACAACUUUCCCGCUUGAAAUUUUUGUUGUUCGUGAUGUACUCAAAGAGAUUCUCCUUAUUCGAAAAGCCGUCGAUGGAAGCACAUCCCAUUUGGAGCUAACCAAAUGGCAGCACUUCACCAUCACCUCAUUACUUGUAUUUUCGUCAAUGACAGUCAGUUUAUUCACUUGCAAUUUAGGUAUGAUUCUUGAACUUAUUGGUGCUACUUCUGCUAGUUUGAUGGCGUAUAUUAUACCACCAUUGUGUUAUUUACGUUUAUCUUGGGUGCAACUAGAUUGGAAUCUGGCUCAACCAUGGGAAAAGAAACGGUUUGUGAUUAGAAAGGCAUUACCUAGUGUUGGCUGUAUUGUGUUUGGAUUUGCCGUUAUGUUUAUCAGUUCGGGAAUGACAAUCAGAGAUGCAAUACGAAAUAAGAAUGGUAGUGAUAAUUGUGUAAUAGAUUAG